AAUCAUCAUGCACCGUUCGGGUGAAUCGUGAUUGAUCUUUGUUCAGUCUCGUCUCUAUACCUGGACACGUCACAAAUACCGUGACCAGCUAGCAGCUGUUGACGCGAACAAACAUCCAUACGAACAUUUGGUGUCGUGCAGUUCGAGAUAAAGGAUGCAUCGAGCUAUAAUUAAUUGUAAUCAGGUGCAGACCGAGGUGAUAUCGGAAGGCCGUUGGAUAGAGGAGGAUCCGCUACCGCAUUCCAGCAAGCAGGUAGUCCUCGUCAUUCCCGGGAAUCCGGGUAUUCCACGAUUCUACGAGGGCUUCGUCAAGGAGCUCAACUCGAAAUUAACGUCGGACACCCCUGUUUGGGUCAUCGGACACGCUGGACAUGUUCAACCACCGGAGAACCUGGACAUCGCUAUGCCCGGCGACGAGAAGUGGGCAGAGUGCUACGGUCUGACGGCGCAGAUUCAACACAAGGCUGAAUUCAUAAGACGAUAUAUUCCAGAGGAUGCGCAUUUGCAUCUCGUUGGACAUUCCAUAGGUGCUUGGUUGGUACUCAAUUUGCUCAAGAACGAUGACAUUGAAAGAAGGAUACGGAGAUGCUAUCUGUUGUUUCCCACGAUAGAGUAUAUGGCAGAGACCCGUAAUGGAAGGUUUUUCAACAAUUUUAUAUCACGCGCAGCACCAAUUUGGAUUUGCCUGUCUUGGAUCUUCACAACAAUAUUUCCAGUAGCUCUACAAACAUUUAUGAUACGUAUUUUCGGUAUGAUGUUUUGUGGUAUUCCACCAAAAUCUAUCAGAGCGGUUCGAGAAAUGCUGGAUCCAAGAGUUUUGCGUAGAAUAAUCAAUCUUGCCAAUGAAGAGAUGAAAUACGUGAAAGAAGCUGAUCACGAGACUAUAUCGAAACAUGCUGCUAAACUUUGGCUUUAUUACGGUGCAAAGGACGGUUGGGCUCCGGUGAAAUAUUACAGAAAUAUUGUAUCAAAGCAUCCUGAUCUGAAUGCUCAAGUAUGUCAGCGUGGCUUUCGUCAUUCGUUUGUGUUGAAUGAUGACGUGGACAUGGGACGUAUCAUCGCCGAUCUCAUUAACGAAGAUUCGAAACACUGAAUUUUAGUAUAAUUUAGUUAUAUAUUUGCAUUAUUUCUCACAUUUCUAACUAAAAUUUUUUUUAUACUUUUGUAUAUGGGUUUAUAUUGUUUUAUUACUGUAUUUUAUAUUAUAUAUUUAUUAUUGUUGUUAUACUGAGUUUGGUUUCUGGAUUGGAGCCGCGUGAAUUGACUAUUUGAUUCUCGACUAGAGAUUCUCAAGUAAGGGUCUCUAAUUCCGACGUUUUGUGAACAUUUCAGUUCACUUCAUCAGAGAGAAGCAGCCAUGCGUAUUCGUUCGGAAUCAAACAGACAAGUCAUAUGAGAUUCCAAUCCGGAAACCAAACUCAAUAUUAUUAUAUUAUUAGUUAGUAUUUUAUUAGUUAUUUUAUUAUAUUAUAUGUAUUAUUAUGUUAUAUGUAUAUUAUGGUAUUAUACAUAUAUUAUGGUAUUAUUUUUUAUAUAUUAUUAAUUUUACAGAAAUGCCAUCGAUCAUUUCUCUAUGAUCAAGUGUAACAUGUGAAUAAAAAUGAUACAAUGAGGACAAUUUUUAUAUAUUAAAAUUAAAAUGUAAUUUUAUGCCUAA